UCUCCAUCUCCAAAAGCCCCUGUUCCAUGUCUAACUCUAGCCGUCCGAGAAGAGCUCUGGGCCAUCUGGAAAUCCGAUCCCCGCGUUCCAACAGUCGCUUCGCGACAUGCAUGGGCCGUCUCGCGGAACGUAAGUCCGUUGCGCGUCUAUCAAUGGUUCUCCGCUCGCAAAUCGCAGGCGAAGAAACUAGGACGGCCAAUAUCGAACGACUCGUACGAGCUUUCGUUGGAG